GUCAAGCCAUAGUUGUAGCUGCCGCAUGGUCAUGAUUGUGCAAUUAGUUGUUGUGUCAGUGACAUGUUUGUGAUGUGUUGCCUUUAAUAAUGUCGUCAACCAAGUCUAGUCGCUCUGAUAGUCAUGAAGCUAAGCCGGGGCCGGCGCUGCCAGACAAGGGGCAGAAUGUCAGCGACAAAAUAGAGGCUCUAAAACACAUCGACACCUUCUACAACCAGGCCCCACCGGGUCUAAUUCAGGAGGCAAAGGAGAAUCCUGAAGACUGCAUUCCGGACUUGCCAGAGAAUCGGCGAGCACGAGAGUUCCUGUCAAAGGCGCCCACCAAGGGUCUAUGGAUGCCCCUGGGAAAGCAAGUUAAAGUAAUGAAAUGUUGGAGGUGCAAAGCCUACGGACAUAGGACAGGAGACAGGGAGUGUCCAUUGUUCCUCACUGGGAACUCGGAAAGUGAGAAGUUUAGAACUGUGCACGAAGAUCCGAUGCACCAGUUCGUGAAAAAAAGCAAAGCUGCAGAAACGCAGGAACGAAUUCGCCAGCUACAGGCACUUCUUGAAGAAUCAUCAGAUUCAGACAGCAGCUCGAGCUCUUCAACCAGCGAUAGCUCUGAGAAAAAAUCAAGAAAGCGGCGCCACAAGCACAGCCACUCAAAACACCAUUCCAAAAAAAAGCGAAAGCAUCAUCGCAAAUCAAAAAAGAAGCAUAAAAAAUAGUGCUCGCUACCACAUAGCACUUAACUUCCUUUUCUCACAUUCAUAAUUGCCUUACAUAUUAUAUCAUGCCUACGGAAGUAAACAUUUUGCAUUACUCAAA